AUGGGGUUUUCUCCAAAACCAACACCCAUGAAAGAUUUCAGAUCGAUUACUUUACCAUGCAGAUCACAUCCAAGCACCUAUAGAAUCGAGAAAGUGCUGAAUAAAGUCAAAACAUGGGAGUCCACAUCAUCGUUAUCGAAUCCAUCGGCAGAAAUCAUUUGCAGCGGCUUGUUUCAACUGGCGGAGUUGUAUGAAUGUUUGGAUGAACUUAUCAAAACAUGUCCUUCAAAAACUUCGUUAGAUUCCAGCAAUCAGAACAUGAGAUGGACGGAUGAGUUACUUGAUGUUGUUGGGUUUAAUCUUGACAUAAGAUGUUAUUUUUAG